GAGUUGAAGAUCGGCUAUCUUCAUUUAAAUUGGAUUUGAUAAAUUAAUAAAGAAAAUGAUAAUUAAAUUGAAAUUUAUAAAAUAAAGUAAACAGAAAAUGCAAUAUGUAAUUAUAAACAUAUUUAUCAAAGGAAAGAUGUACAAGGUGAAACAAUCUUUCGAAAGCAAAUCCAAAUACGUCACGGAUAAUCUUAAUGUCAAGAAAGGUGAUGUUGUUGAUCAUGUACACGUAACAAGUGAUGGGAAUUGGAUUUGGGUAGUACAUGGUAAUUCAGAAGGAUGGAUUCCCGACUACUAUGUUGAGAAAACAGAUCAGGAAAGUAUUGCAGGCGAUGCGCCGCCACCACUUCCGGAACGAAACUAUGUUAUUACGAAAAGUGAUGUACCGCCACCACUUCCGGAACGCAACUAUAGUAAAUAUGUGAUUUCUAAAAGAGAUGUACCGCCACCACUUGCGGAACGCAACUACAGUAAAUAUGUGAUUGCUAAAAACACAACUGGUUCGCAAGAUAAACAGUUAGAUAAAUCAUCGGAUUACGUUUUCGGGAAGGUUUACGAAGAUCCGACAUCAUAUGAUAAACAGUCUGUAAAACCAUCGGAUUACAAUUACGAUUACGCGGAUUUUAAUCCCAAGAUUAAUAAAGACACAACUGGUUCGCAUGAUAAACAGUUAGAUAAAUCAUCGGAUUUCGAUUUCGAGGAGCUUUACGAAGAUUUCGAAACAUACGAUUACGCGGAUUUAAAUCCUAAGAUUAAUGAAGACUAUAUCAAUGUAUCAAAAGACAUUUUUGAAAAAAAGCCUGACGAAGAACCUAUUUAUGAAGAUAUAGACAUCUUCAAACAACUAAGAAUUGUAAUGGUUGGAAAAACAGGAUCGGGUAAGAGUGCAACUGGUAAUGCUAUACUUGGACAGAAAUACUUCGAAUCGAAAAUGGCAGGCAUGUCUGUUACUAAAGAAUGUCAACGUGGUGUAAUCGAAAUUGGUGAUCGCAAAAUCAUUGUUGUUGAUACUCCCGGAUUGUUCGAUACCACAUUAUCACCUAUAGAAAUUGAAGAAAAUAUCCUGAAUUGUGUUCAUAUGCUUUUUCCAGGACCACAUGUAUUUUUACUUGUACUCCAGAUUGGUAGAUUUACUAAAGAAGAAAUUGAAUCCCUUGACCAGUUAUUUGACAUAUUUGGAAAGAAAAUGGAAGCUUUUUCGAUUAUUCUAUUUACUGGAAUGGAUGCCCUGGAAAAUCAAAAUAGUACUAUUGAAGAUUUUAUAAAAGGUUCGGGCUCACCAUUAACAGAGUACAUAAAGAAAUGUCACGGGCGUUAUUUCGCUAUAAACAAUACAGCUACACCGGAAAAUAAAGGGGAAAUGAUUCAUAAAUUACUGAAUUUGAUCGACACUGUCGUCAAACAAAAUCGGAACGUGUGCUUUUCAAACAAUAUGUUUAAAGACGCUAAAGAAAGGGUUCGAGAAUCACGAAUAAAAAUAGAAAAAGAAAACCUAAAAGAAAUUGAGCAAAUUGAACACGUGCUCGGAAAAAAAGUUGACAUAAAUAGAGAAAUAAAGAAACAAAAACAAGGAGAAUUUAACAUGCAAGCAGACCGUAAAUACAUGCUUGAGGAACAGAAGAAAAGGAUGAAGUCUUUUAAAAAAGGUGAAGAUAAAAGCAAUACUCCUAGACCAAAUUCGGAAGAAAUUGAAUACCUUUAUAAUGAAAUUGUCAAAGCCGAUGACCUGUUAAAAGAGAAAGAAAGGGAGAAGAAAGAGGCAGAAGAUGCUUAUGAAGCGGUUAAGGAAGAUUUUCAAGGGUUGGUAAAAGACACUAAAUCGAAACACAAUCAGCGAAUGUUAGCAUUGAAAAACACCGACUUGUAUGAUCAAAUGAACUCAGCAGCUAAGGAAAUGAAAGCAAUCGACGAACAACUUAAAGCAAUUUCGAAGAAAAUGAACGACGAAGGAAAUCUCCAAAAUAUGACAAUCCAACAACAAUUACAGAGAGAGGAAAACGAGUUACAUUCUAAAAUGGAUAAAGUAUUUUCUGAUCAUCUCAUGUAUCUAGAAAAAAUGAGAAAGAAGUCGAAGGAGAUGGAAAAACAAUUGACAAAUAAUGGGAAAGGAAAAUUGUGUCUUGUUAUGUAGCUUAAGGAAACUAAACAGAGAACUUGAGAAAUUAAGCUACCAAAAUUUAGAAAAAUGUUAUGCAACAAGAGCAAGACAUCUUACUGAACAUUAGCCUACAUGUAUAUAAAUGUGAAAUAAAAACGACAAAAGCCUGCUUUCUUGACAAAACGUAUUGAAGUUUCGGUGUAAACUUAAACACGUUGGUGUUAUUUGUCAAGCGAUAUUGAUGACACAGUGAAUGCAUUGAUGUAUUCCUAAGUAUCUUUUUAUCCUUUCUUAGUAAUAUAUCACCUAUGUAUGUAUGACACUUUUUAAUACAGACUACUUCGGCUAAUAAAAACUAAACGCCAUGAUAUAGCUAAGUGUGUCGAAAGUGGUGUUUAACAGCAACAAACAA